ACAUCCCCGCCUUCUCAUCCUGUCCGUCAUGGAGGCCCUCAAAAACGUAUUCCAGCAAAAGAAUAGUGCGACAAGUCCAGCACUUGUCACCUUCGUGACCGCCGGCUAUCCCAAUGUCGAGGACACGGUCCCGAUCCUUCUUGCUAUGCAGGAGGGAGGGGCAGACAUCAUAGAGCUUGGCGUGCCAUUCUCCGAUCCCAUUGCAGAUGGUCCGGCAAUACAGGAGACCAACGUGGUCGCCCUCAACAAUAACGUUGACUAUGUUCAAUGUCUCGGGAUGGUCAGGGAGGCGCGCAGCAAGGGUCUUACUGUUCCUAUUCUCUUGAUGGGAUACUAUAACCCAUUAAUCGCCUACGGAGAAGAAAAGGCCAUCCAAGAUGCCGCAGAAGCUGGUGCCAAUGGAUAUAUUGUCGUAGAUCUUCCACCAGAAGAGGCUGUUGCUUUCCGUGACAAGUGUCGCACCGCAAACCUAUCCUACGUCCCUCUCAUCGCCCCUUCAACAUCAUUGGCACGCAUUGAAUUCCUCUCCUCAAUUGCCGAUACCUUCAUCUAUGUAGUCUCUAAGAUGGGUACCACAGGUUCCUCAGUCACGGGAACGAUGAACACCGCACUCCCGGACCUCAUCUCACGAGUCCGAGACUACACUGAUGUUCCUCUCGCCGUCGGCUUCGGAGUUGCAACUCGUGCACACUUCGACCUUGUCGCAGACGCGGGCGCGGACGGCGUUGUGAUCGGCAGCCGUCUCAUCGCAGUCAUCAAGUCCUCUCCACAAGACCAGAUUGCAAAGAAGGUCGAAGAGUAUUGCGCGGAUAUCAGCUUGAAAGGCCAGCCGCCGAAACGCCCGUCCGCGACUCACCGCUCGACGUCGGUACGCUCGCGGCCGAGUGUGAAGUCGAGCGUGUCAACAGACUCUGCGCAAAGGAACGUCUUGCCGUCGCGCUUUGGGCAGUUCGGCGGGCAGUAUGUUCCUGAGGCCCUCUGGGACUGCCUGAUUGAGCUCGAGGAAGCACACAACGCUGCGAUGAAAGACCCUGAGUUCACUAAGGAAUGGCAGAACCUGUACGGGUACAUGAAUCGCCCGUCAAAUCUGUACAAAGCUGAAAAGCUCACCGAGCAUGCGGGCGGCGCAACCAUCUGGCUCAAGCGUGAAGAUCUGAACCAUACCGGCUCACACAAGAUCAACAAUGCUAUCGGCCAGAUCCUACUCGCGAAACGCUUAGGCAAGACCCGUAUCAUCGCCGAGACCGGCGCAGGCCAGCACGGCGUCGCGACCGCGACCGCGUGCGCCCGCUUUGGACUCCAAUGCGUCAUCUACAUGGGCGCCGAGGACGUCCGGCGCCAGGCGCUCAAUGUUUUCCGCAUCCGUAUGCUCGGCGCACAGGUCAUCCCUGUCCACUCGGGCUCGUGCACGCUCAAGGACGCGGUGAACGAGGCGCUCCGGGACUGGGUUACGAACCUCGCGAACACGCACUACCUCAUCGGCUCAGCGAUCGGGCCGCACCCGUUCCCGACGAUCGUGCGCGACUUCCAGCGGGUGAUCGGCCAGGAGAUCAAGAGCCAGCUUAGGGAACAGACGGGGAAGCUGCCCGACGCGGUAGUUGCGUGCGUUGGGGGCGGGAGCAAUGCUAUCGGGACGUUUUACGACUUUAUCGAGGAGAAGAACGUUAGGCUCGUUGGAGUCGAGGCUGGUGGCGAGGGCCUGGGUGGUGACAAGCACAGCGCCACGCUGAGCAAGGGCCACGCUGGUGUCUUCCAUGGCGUGCGGACGUACGUCCUUCAGUCUGCGACCGGUCAGAUCGUCGAAACACACUCCAUUUCUGCGGGACUUGACUAUCCUGGUGUUGGGCCUGAGCACGCCUGGCUGAAGGACUCUGGUCGCGCGGAGUACACUGUCGCGACCGAUGAGGAGGCUCUUCGAGGUUUCAGGCUUCUCACCCAACUGGAAGGCAUCAUCCCUGCCCUCGAGUCAUCCCAUGCUAUUUGGGGCGGUGUCGAGCUCGCGAAGACCCUUCCAAAGGACGCGAACAUUGUCAUCUGCCUGUCUGGCCGUGGCGACAAAGACGUGGAGCAGAUCUCGCAGCUCCUCCCGGGUAAGUGGGAGGAGAAGCUCGACUGGCAUAUCUCCACCUCCCCUCUGGAGAACAGCAAGCAAUAGAUUAAGGCAAGGCCCGAAGUGUAUGUACGCUGUGUAGAACGGGAAAGAAAAGCGCGCGGCUAGCCUCAUGUACUAUUAGAUCGGGGACGCCCAUGUUGUAUAUCUCACGAAGACAAUCUACAGGGAUCUUCCAGCUGUUGUACGUAUCUGCGUUCGUGUCCCAAGGUUCUGG